UGGGAGGGGGUGUUGUUCUGUUUCGAUGGACGCGAGAUGUACCCAAUAGAGCUAGAGCGGGGAAAUUCAGGGGCGGGCCCAGCCCCUCAUCGGCCUCACGCAGGCCCAGACAGGCGGCGAGGCGGGGCCGUCUCUUGGCCACCCGAUGGGCAGCGCUGCUAGCCAAUGACAGUGCGGCACUGAGGGCGGGAGGCGAGGCCUCCACCUGACGGGCAGGCGGGCUGCCCUAUCAGGCGGGGCAAGAAAGGGGGCUGAUUCUGGAAGCCAUUACGCCAGCGUUGCAGGGUGGAGGCCGUUGAGCGGGGCUUGCUGGCUGGCGGUGGUACGCAAUUUGCGUAUCGUUAGCGGUGCCAAGGGGGGAGCGGGGGGGGACGGACGCCUCCGGGCCCUGAGGGGCCUCGGGGCCCCCCUGUUGUCCCUGGCCGCGGGGGUGACCAGGCCUGGGGGGCCCUGCCCCCCCUCGGCCCUGCCCAGCCUCCCCCAGGGCCCCCCGGGCCUGGCCAGGCCCCCCAGGCCUGUAGGUGCCCCCCAGUGCCCCCUCCCCGGUGCCCCCCAUGGCCAUGGCGUCGCCCCCGGCACCCCCAGCCAAGAAGCGGAAGAUGAACUUCUCAGAGCGGGAGGUGGAGAUCAUCGUGGAGGAGCUGGAGCGAGGCAAGCACCUCCUCAUCAACCACUUCAACGCCGGUGUGCCCCUGGCUGCCAAGGCUGCCGCCUGGCACGACAUCCUGCGCCGUGUCAAUGCCGUCGCCACCUGCCACCGUGAGCUGCCCGAGGUCAAGAAGAAGUGGUCUGACCUCAAGACUGAGGUGCGACGCAAAGUGGCCCAAGUCCGGGCUGCCAUGGAAGGGGGAGGCGAGGGCCAGAAUGGCAAUGGCAAUGGGCCAGAGAGCGAAGACCCGACAGGCGCUGCAACCGCCCCAGUUAUCCUCACCCCCAUGCAGCAACGUAUCUGCAACCUGCUGGGAGAAGCCACCAUCAUCAGUUUGCCAAGCGGGGACUGCAGUGCAGGUGACAGUACCGAGAUACCCAUCACCGCGUCAGCCACCACAGUCACCUUGACCCAGAUUCCUGCAGAGACAACCUACCACAGUCUAGAGGACGGAGUUGUGGAGUACUGCACAACAGAAGCCCCCACCACAGUCACCACUGAAGCACCCUUGGAGAUGAUGGCGCAUCAACACGAAGUCUCUGCAAAACCCCAGGAGCUGAAAAGCCGAAUUGCUCUGAACUCAGCCAAGCUCUUGCAGGAACAGCGAGUGACCAACUUGCACGUGAAGGAGAUUGCCCAGCACCUGGAGCAGCAGAAUGACUUGCUUCAGAUGAUUCGUCGCUCUCAGGAGGUGCAGGCAUGUGCCCAGGAGCGGCAGGCACAAGCCAUGGAAGGAACACAGGCGGCACUGAGUGCCCUUAUCCAAGUCCUCCGCCCCAUGAUUAAGGACUUCCGUCGAUUUUUGCAGAGCAAUACACCCAGUCCAUCGGUCACCACUGACCCCAGCCAGACAGGGCAGCAAGAUGGCAUGAUCCAGUGAAAGAAACAGUGAUGGAGGUUUAGGUUGGAUAUGAGGAAAAAUGUCUUCACCAGAAGUGUUGUCAAGCACUGGAACAGGCUGCCCAGGGAGGUGGUAGAGUCACCGUCCCUGGAGGUGUUUAAAAGACAUGUAGAUGUGGCACUUAGGGACACGGUUUAGUGGUGGGCUUGGCAGUGCUGGGUUAACGGUUGGACUCGAUGAGCCUAAAGGUCUUUUCCAACCUAAACAAUUCUAUGGGACAUCUUUCUUGGAAAAAAACUGCCUGUGCUGCUGGUGGACACAGGGAGUGAGGGAUGCUAGCUCUUGUCAAUGUGAAAUGGCUCGCCUUGGAGACUUGCUGAGCCUAGAAAGCUUUCUCUGCUAAUCUUAUGCUCAUCUGCCUUUUCAGACUCAUCAUACAGAGUCAUAGCAGGAUGUGUAAUAAACAAGGAACUUAACAUUGGUUGCUUUUUUCCUCAAACAGUAGAUUUAUUUAAAAAAAAAAAGUUAUUUUUUAAUUUCUGUUUGGAAAAAGCUCUCCUGAGUAUGACACCUCUCUAUUUCUCUCUCUCAAGAUCUGCAGCCUUUAACUGACUUCUAAGGUCAAGAGUCUUGUUGUGAUAUCACAGUACUGCAGCUGCCAAGGUACAGUUACCAUAAACAGUAAUUCACGGUAGUGAAUGCAUUUCUGUCUCUUGCUGAAAGCAUUUACUGGAAACGUGGUACCGGAUGUGGUAUAACCUUCUCUCUGCACUGGGAGUUACGGCUACUGCCCUUACAGCAUGACAUCCACCCCAUGCAGACCACCACCAAGCCUACAUGCAGUUUAAAUCCCACCCACAUCCCCCAAGGAUAUGAAAUAGUGCAUUCUCCUCAUGUUCCAUCUGCAUGCGGUCAUGAAAUUUCACUGUAAACUUGGUGGAUGUGAUGAAAAUUUCAUGUCUUGUUACCAGAUACUGUCCUGGGAUAUGUAUUGGAGCAAUGUCUUGCCUGUCUCAGCGUAGUUAAUACACAAGGGCCUGGGUGAGUUUUGCUCAGGUGGGUGUAACAGGUGAAACUCCACCUCUGUCUCAUCUGUAUCGUUUGUCACCUCCGUAAUACCUUGAUUCAUCAAAGUGGACCCGGACUACAGAGUGUCAGCCACACAGUAAUUCCCAGCAUUUAGGAGUUUGUCAGCAACUGUUUUAAUUGAGUGAAUUUUGAAGCAUUAUUUGGUUCUGCUGGUGGCAGCAGUAUUUGUUCUGUACUUGUUAGGAGCUGGAAGCAAGUACAGCUAGCUGUUCUUUGUUCGUCUGCUAGCUGGCUUCAAGUGGCAUUCUGAGAAAUGGGUGUGAGGUUCACCUAACUAUUUUCUUACCAUUAUACAGGGUGAAACAACAUUGCAACCACAUUUCUCUUCUUUGAGGUGUUCAGACUGUGGGGUUUGGUCCUCAAUGAGAAAGCUUAGUUUCACAGGAUGGUGAACACAAUUCUCACAGACUUCAUAAACUUUCAGAUUAAAGCUCCACUUGUACAUACAUGGAAGCAAACUUAAAAAAGGAAGCAUAACUCUUCUUCUCCCUGUACCUUGCAAAGUGUAACACAUUUCACAGGCUUGUUGCUUGCCAGAUACUACUUUUGAAAUAGAACUUUUUGAGAGCUGGUAUUUGCUUGCUGUUAAGUCUCCUUUAGGGCUGAGAUGUGGUGAACAACAACUGAUGAGGGAGUGAAUUUGCACAAUCAAAUUAAACCUUUACACAGCCUUUUAUGGGGGGAUGCUGAUGCGGGGGCCCUGGUUAGAGUAGCCGGUGAGGAGGCUACCAGUGCUGCUCUCUGGCCUUUACUCAUCUUCCCUCACCUGCAAGUCUGACAGGGGAGAAAAGGAUGGUGCAGAGAGAAGGAUUUGGCCCCUGGAAGACUCCUGACCCUUUGGCACUGACAUCUCAGUGCUGAGUCAGGGCAGCAUCAACUGCGUCUUCCCACCGUGUCCAGCAUCUCACUACAUGAGUAACACUUGCCUGACUCUUCCUCUCAGACUUCAUGGAUUUAAAUCAAUUGCUCAACUGAAAUUUAUUUUUAAAGUGAAAACUAUGUCAUAUGUGCUGGUUUACCUCAUUUGUGUAAUGUUCUCUCCUUUACAAAUAUGAAUUUUAAUAAAAAUACGGUUUUGGUAAA